AUGUCCUCUCGCGCGUCACCUCCGACAGCUGGUCAGAAGCGUUCACUCAGCCCCGGCUCCGAUGACCGCGACGUCACCUGCAACGGUAACGGCAGACGCGUCGACCUGAAGCGCGAAGCUACUCGCCGUCGUCCGCGCCCGAUCAGCAUGAGCCUCCCUCUGAUGAACCACGGACACGCGAGCCCUAGCAGAUCAGGCCCGCCGACGAAGCCGAUGGACAAGGACCGGCCGCACCACACGAGGAGCGCGAGUCCAGUCAGGCAGAAGCACAAGAAUGUGCUGCACCAAGCGGGCGGGACGCCGCCAGGAGUGGGGCCUAUUGCGAAGGGUACGCUGUCGCCGAGCUCGAGCAAUGGUCGGGAGGGUGGAUCUCUCGAAGAGCUUGUCGGUCAACCCCAUCCGACGGUGCUCCACCACUUCGACGUGCGAGAUCGGCCCAAGCCGCAGAGCGUACUGAGCGUGCUGACGCGGUUGACGGUCGGGCGCGCAUGCCUCGGGCAACGGAGUUCUGCGGAGGGGAGCAGGGGAUGGAAUGGGACGUCAGGGGCAAGUAUGGGGCAGAUAAGCACGCGACAAACCACACCGGCCGCGGGUAUGGCGAACGGUGGGCGGGCGCACACACGCGACGACACGCAUGGCGACCACGAGCGCACCAUGGGCCCGAACAAGACCACGCCCUGCGGAGGUCGCGGACACGAAGGCGCGGAUUGA